AUGUCCAUUACGGAUGAACGAGCAAAAGAAGCAUUUCCAGCGUUGAAGUGUGUCCUGUAUGAUACGUAUUCGAAAGAACUACCUAAGAACUUACGAAUACGUGCUCAAUGUGAAUGGAAAAUUGUCCAAACUAUCCAAUGUCUUCUACGUCAUCGAUCAGACAUUGCCAUACGUCGAACUGAUAAAAGCAAAGUAUUUUAUAUCGGUAAAGUGGAUGAUUUUACACGUAAUGCAGAAGAAUAUAUGCUCAAAAUACAAGCUUAUGAAAAACUUACCAGCGGUCGGUGUCCUCUGAUAGAUUGUUUUAAUGCUGUACAAGCUUUACUCGAUUUUCUCGUGAUGAAAAAUGCACUUACCCAAAAUCAACGGAAUCAAUUAUCUCUAAAACUAGGUAAUUCAGAAUUAGGUCACUAUCAUGAUCUAUCUAAAGCACACAAACCGGGAACACCAUUAGGUCCUAUCAUUGCCAGUAUGUAUGCACCAGCAACAUUGCUCUCGAAGUUUCUGAAUGACCUCUUAGCACCUAUAUUUCUAAAAGUUGCUCGUGACACAACGUAUAUCAAUGGCAUUGACGUUGUCCGAAAACUGGAAACAUAUGUAGCAAAUGGUUAUGUGAAAUCUACAACGCAAUUCGUUACAGCUGAUGUCAUUGAUUUGUAUAUCAUGAUUCCACGACAAGGUGCACUCGAAGCGUUAGCUCGAUUUUGUAUUCAACAUGCAUAA